GCUGAGCCUAUCGGCAAGUAAGUCGAGCAAAAGCCUGCGGGCGCGGUGUUUAUUUCUCGCGAGCUCCGAGGCGCUGCGCAAUUCUCGCGAGACGAGGCAGGGAGGCGGAUCCGCGGUCCGGCACGUGUUUCGGGGUGUCGCGCACCGCGUCUCAGAGGAUCUCGGCGCCUUGGGUGCAACGGAGCGCGCGCCAUGGGGAAGGCCAAGAAGGUCAAGGCGCGAAGGAAGCUCUCCGGGGCGCCGGCGGGAGCGCGAGGGGGCCCGGCGAAGGCCAGCUCCAAUCCGUUCGAGGUGAAAGUCAACAGGCAGAAGUUCCAGAUCCUGGGCCGGAAGACGCGCCACGACGUGGGGCUGCCCGGGGUGUCUCGCGCACGGGCCCUCAGGAAGCGUACACAGACUUUACUUAAGGAGUACAAAGAAAGGGACAAGUCCAAUGUAUUCAGAGAUAAACGCUUCGGCGAAUACAACAGCAGCAUGACCCCCGAGGAGAAGAUGAUGAAGAGGUUUGCUCUGGAACAGCAGCGACAUCAUGAGAAAAAAAGCAUCUACAAUCUGAAUGAAGAUGAGGAAUUGACUCAUUAUGGCCAAUCAUUGGCAGACAUCGAGAAGCAUAAUGACAUUGUGGAUAGUGACAGCGACGCUGAGGAUCGAGGGGUGCUGUCUGCUGAGCUGACUGCUGCUCACUUUGGAGGAGGCGGUGAGCUGCUUCGCAGGAAGACUUCGCAGGAAGGCGAGGAGCAGGAGAAACCGAAGUCCCGGAAAGAGCUGAUUGAAGAGCUCAUUGCCAAGUCAAAACAAGAGAAGAGGGAGAGACAAGCUCAACGGGAAGAUGCCCUCGAGCUCACAGAGAAGCUAGACCAAGACUGGAAAGAAAUUCAGACUCUCCUGUCUCACAAAACUCCGAAGUCGGGCAACAGAGAUGAAAAGGAGAAAGCCAAGCCCGACGCGUAUGACGUGAUGGUUCGCGAGCUUGGCUUUGAAAUGAAGGCGCAGCCCUCCAGCAGGCUGAAGACGGCGGCAGAACUGGCGAAGGAGGAGCAAGAGCGCCUCAGGACGCUGGAGGCUGAAAGACUCCGAAGAAUGCUUGGACAGGACGAGGACGAAGAUACUAAGAAGCCAAAACAUACGUCAGCGGAUGAUCUCAACGAUGGCUUCGUACUAGACAGAGACGACAGGCGUUUGCUUUCUUACAAAGAUGGAAAAAUGAACAUGGAGGAAAAUGUCCUCAACCAACAAGAGGAAGAGCAAAGCAGGGAAGCCGGUGACACUGAGAGCAACCAGGAAGAAGGUGACAGUUCAGGCAGGGAGGACACAGAGGAGAGUGACAGCCCAGACAGCCACUCGGACCUGGAGUCCAACGCAGAGAGCGAGGAGGAAAACCAGGAGCCAGCAAAAGAGCAGCGGCAGACUCCUGGGAAAGGGUUGCUGGGCCGCAGGGAAAGAGCUGGAAAAGCUGCCAGAGACGAGCUGCCCUGCACCUUUGCAGCUCCUGAGUCCUAUGAGGAACUGAGAGCUUUAUUAUUAGGAAGAUCGGUGGAAGAGCAGCUUUUGGUGGUGGAGAGAAUUCAGAAGUGCACCCACCCGAGUCUUGCAGAAGGAAACAAAGCCAAACUGGAAGUAUGUGGACUGAGUGUGUGGAGCGCCGAGUGUCGGCAUGGCCCCGUCUGCAACUGUGGGAACUGUGAGAAACUGUUCGGCUUUCUUUUGGAAUACGUUGGUGAUUUGGCUACAAAUGACCCACCAGAUCUCAGAGUAAUUGAUAAGUUGGUUGUCAGGCAGUUCCAUCAUCUCUGCCAGAUGUUUCCUGCGUCUGCAAGUGAGGCUGUGCGGUUCGUUCUCCGAGACGCCAUGCAUGAGAUGGAAGAAAUGAUUGAGGCCAAAGGCCGGACGCCACUGCCAGGGCUGGGUGUGCUCAUUCAUUUGAAAAUCACUGGACUGCUGUUUCCAACAUCUGACUUUCGGCACCCGGUGGUGACCCCUGCCCUCGUGUGCCUGAGUCAGCUGCUCACCAAGUGCCCCAUCCUGUCCCUCCAGGACGCCGUGAAGGGCCUGUUCGCGUGCUGCCUGUUCCUGGAGUAUGUGGCUUUAUCCCAGAGGUUUAUACCCGAGCUCAUUAAUUUCCUUCUCGGGAUUCUCUACAUGGCAACUCCAAACAGAGCCAGCCAAGGUUCCACUCUGGUGCACCCUUUCAGAGCGCUUGGGAAGAACUCGGAAUUGCUCGUGGUAUCUGACAAAGAGGACGCGGCCACGUGGCAGCACAGCAGCCUCUCCCUCCGCUGGGCGAGUGGACUGAGGGCCCCAACUUCGACAGAGGCCAAUCACAUCCGACUGUCCUGCCUGGCCGUGGGCCUGUCCCUGCUGAAGCGCUGUGUGCUGAUGUACGGAGCCCUGCCGUCCUUCCACGCCGUCACCGCGCCUCUUCGUGCCCUCCUUGUGGACCACCUGGCGGAAUGCAGCCACCCUCGGGAGCUCCAGGAGCUGUGUCAGAGCACACUGACGGAAAUGGACAGCCAGAAGCAGCUCUACCGGCCGCUGACCUGUGAGAAGAGCAGGCCUGUCCCGCUGAAGCUGUUCACCCCCCGGCUGGUCAAAGUCCUCGAGUUUGGAAGAAAACAAGGCAGCAGUAAGGAGGAACAGGAGAGGAAGAGGCUGAUCCACAAACACAAGCGUGAAUUUAAAGGGGCCGUUCGAGAAAUCCGCAAGGACAAUCAGUUCCUGGCUAGGAUGCAGCUCUCCGAGAUCAUGGAAAGGGACGCGGAAAGAAAGCGGAGAGUAAAGCAGCUUUUUAACAGCCUGGCUACACAGGAAGGCGAAUGGAAGGCUCUGAAGAGGAAAAAGUUCAAAAAAUAAACUCCAUUAUAAACUAGGCGAGGAAUUGCACUGUACAUUACUUCACAGCUGCAGUCCCAACACUCUGGGAGGCCAGGGCACAAGGAUCACUUCAGCCAAGGAGUUCCAGACCAGUCUGGGAAACGGAGACAUGUCUACAAAAAAAGUUUAAAAUUAGCCAGGUGUGGUGGCACGCACCUGUUAGUCCCAGCUGCUCGGGAGGCUGAAGCAGGAGGACUGCUCGAGCUGAGUCCAAGCCGUGAUCGAGCCACUGCACUCCAGCCUUGGCAACAGUGCAAGACCCUGUCGCUUAAAAAAAUAAUUUUUUUUUUUUUUUGAGAUGGAGUUUUGCUCUUGUUGCCCAGGCUGGAGUGCAGUGGGCAAUUUCAGCCCGCCACAACCUCUGCCUCCCAGGUUCAAGUGAUUCUUCUGCCUCAGCUUUCCAAUUAGCUGGGAUUACAGACAUGCAGCAUCAUGCCUGAGUAAUUUUAUAUUUUUAGAGAGACGGGUUUCUCCACGUCGGUCAGGCUGGUCUUGAACUCUCAACCUCAGGUGAUCCGCCCGCCUCAGCCUCCCAAAAAAUAAAAAAUUAUUUUUUUGGCGUGAGCCACAGCAUCCAGCCAAAAAAAUAAUUUUUUUAAGUAAUAAAGAAUGCCGUAAUGUU